AUCUCUGCAAGGAGGAAGGAGUGUCAGUAAAGGAUGUUUAGGGUGAGGAGACUCUUUGCUGAGCUUCAUUCUACAGGAAGACAGGCAGCUGGAUACUGUAUCUCACCUGUUAACAUGAGUGCAGACACCAUCACAUCUGAUGAACUGAAAAAGCUAAACGCCCAAGGAACAGCGCAGAUAUUUGAUGUAAGAACACCAGAGGAGGUCCAAAAUGGAAAAAUCUCAAAUGCCAUAAAUAUUCCUGUAUCUGAGUUUGAAGACGCUUUUAAGAUGGACCCUGAGACAUUUGCCAAGACCUUCAAGGUGGACAAACCCAAGCUGGAUGAUAACAUUAUUGUUCAUUGUCAGUUAGGAAAGCGGGGAGCUCGAGCCGCAGAGAUUGCCUCUUCUUUGGGAUACAAACAUGUACAAAACCUCAUCGGUGGAUACAAGGAAUGGUCUGAGAAAGAAGGAAAAUAAUCGGACAUGGUUUUCCUGGUUCCAACUGAUCUUUUUUACUUGAAGGACUGUUCAUGAUCCUUAACCUCAGAACCCACAUGCUGCUUGUUAUUUGUGAAAAAUUGUAAAUCUGGUUGUCAACUUGAAUGUCUCAUGUUACUUCUAGUCUGGUGUUUCUUUCACUGUUUAUAUUCCAAGUUUUUUUUUUUUUUUUUUUUUAUUCAGUGUAAUAAACUUUAUAAUCUACCAUGAAAAGACUUGUACAAAAUAUAUU